AUGUCUUCGGAGAGUAAAAAACGUAAGCCAAACUGGACUGAUGAUGAAAUGAAAAUUCUAACAUCUUGUGUAAUUGAAAACAAAGAUGUAUUAUUUGCAAAACUGUCGGCUUCAGUGACAAACGAGAAAAAGAAAGCUACUGGGGAUUCAAAAAUAUAUUUAGUGUUAAAAUUUUACUGUAGAAUAAAUUCUUCUUCUGCCUUGUGCAAGAGGGAAACAGAAGAAAUAAAGAAGAAAUGGAAAGAUGCAAGAUCCAUUGUAAAGAAGAAAGAAGCCAGUAGAAAAUACCAGACGAAGAGAACGGGCGGAGGGCCUCCCCCGGAAUCUGUAUUCAAGGCAUGGGAACUUGACAUUUUGUCAAUUAUACCGGAUGAACUUAUCUCUGGGAUUGACGGAGGGGUUGAUACUGCCUUUGCCAGUAAUUCUGAAACAAAUAACUUAGCCUCAUCAUGCACUGCAGUCCCAUCGGAAAUUUCCGCCGGAAUUCCAUCCUUGAUUGUAGAAGAAGUUGACGUUCCGGAAGAAGCUCCAAGUGUACAUGUGUCCGGGCCUUCCACCGACAAAUUCUUUGCUUCAACUCUGUAUGGAUCUAAACGUAAAGACACGGCCAGCGACCCCGACGCUGAGUUUAUGCUGAAUUUGAUAGGAGUGAAGGAGAGAAGAGCCAUCGCAGAGGAGAGAAAAGCAGAUGCCCUAGAGAGAAUAGCGGCGGCAUUUGAAAACAAAUUUGGCAUUUAAUAAAUUUGAACACAAAAUGAUAAAG